AAUUCUGUCAAACACGUAGACGAAAAUAUUGAAUUUCGGGUGUAAUUGAUUAGAUAUUGUAUUUAUAAAUUUUGGAAUAAUUUAGCAAAAUGCCUUCAAGUGAUAGUGAAGAUUUUGAAAGUGCAGACGAGGGCCGCAUCAGCCCUAAUAAAAGGGAACGAAAAAAGCGUUUAUCAUCAUCAAAUUAUAGUGAUAAUCUAGAAGAUCAGGACAAUAAAACAACUCAGGAACCCGUUUUACAUAAGGUAGCAGCUUCCGUAAAGGAUAAUAUACCAAAAGAUGGCUGGGAUGACUUUGACAUAGAAGAGGAAUCAGAGCCCACAGACAUUCCUCAAAAAGAAGAAAUUAAAACAGCACCUACAGAAAAGGCGCAGGCUUCAAUAGCUCAGAAAAUAGACUCGCAGAAAUCCGGCUGGGAUGAUUUUGAUGAUUGGGGCGAGGAAAAGGACAUUAAUACUAAGGACCCACAACUUAUCCCUAAAUCUCAAGUACAAAACGUUAAGGAAAUACCAGAUCCCCAAGAGGUGACAAAAAGUGAUGGAUGGGGCUGGGGAUGGGGAAACUCUUUACUAAGUACAGCUACAGCUGGAAUCAGCAAUUUGACAACUCAGGUAUCACAAGGUAUUUCAACAGUUCUUGAAACAGGCAUUGGUGCUCCAGAUCCCGAAGAACUAGCUAGGAUAUCUGCCCAAAACAACGCAAAAGAAAAUAACGCAGACAGUGAAAGGAGAAACAGUACAGAAACAAAAGCAGAGCCAAAUGAAGCAAAUCAAAGUAAUGCUAAUGAGGGUGCAUUCCCCUUUGGUAGUUUACUGUCCGGUGUCACUAAGUUUGUUGAGACUACUGGUACAAAAGUACUGGCAGGUGGUUUAGACACACUGGAGACUAUAGGCAAAAAAACUAUGGAAGUCCUGCAGGAUGGUGACCCUGGGCUUGCCAAGAAGCGAGCCAUGCUUGGCUUAGACUCUGGGGACAAACCGGUGCUGUCUCAGGUAUUGCGGGAGGCAAGAGCCAAGGCUGAUGAAGAGGAUCAGAUGAAGGAGGCCAAACGGGAAGCCAAAGCGGUGCACUAUGAAACAUUGUUUGAUGACUUUGAAGGUCUAGUCCACUUAGAAGCUCUCGAGAUGUUGUCGAAACAAGUCAGCAUUAGGAUAGAGGAACGCCUGCGGAGCGCCGACCCGAAUAAACGGCAGGACAUCAAGGAAACACUGCAGCAAGUCGCAGAACUCUGCGAAAUGCCAGACGAGGAAGACGAAGAAGAAGAUGAAAUAUCCGAAGGCACUUCCAGACCGGAUGCGUUACACGAGCGGCUCCAGCGGGCGACCAGAGACAUAGGACUUAAGUUACAAUUCCAACCCUUGAUUAAACAAUUCACAGAAACGUUAGCAUGGCUCGAGACAAGCGAUGUAACAAUCACAGAGAAGGCGGUGUACAAAAAAGCAGUCAGCGACCUCGCACAAACCACCGCCCUGUCAGUGGAACUGUACCAUAAGACUGCUGAGAUGCUGCUGGUGAAGAAUCGGAGAUCCACUGCUGAUGAAGCCGAUGCCCUUACUCAACUGACGGUAGUCCUUACAAAACAUAUAAGCGACCUGGCGACGCAGUUCACUGAGAAGUUGACCAACCACGCUUCGGAAGACAAGGAACAAAUAAACAACUAUAUCACUAAUGUGUUUUUAGAGGCCGGAAACAGUUCGAAGUAUAUAGAAAAUGCAUUCCAUUUGGCUCUACCCAUCGUACAAAUUGGUGCCGUUUAAAAUAUUCUACUCUGAUAUGUUUUUUCAUCUUACAAUGGCGGCUUGGUUAAUUUAUUCACACUAGU